AUGUGGCAGACACCUUGGAUGCAUCAAGGUUCCGUUUCAAUUGCAGGGAAGGAUCUGCACUGGUAUGCAAGGGAUAAAAAAUCUGGGGGAUCAGAUGUAGAGGCUCUAAGAGAAGAAAUUGGAAGAGUUAAGGAAGAGGAGGAGCAAGCUAUGAGGGAGGCUCUUGGACUGGCUCCUAAACGUUCUAGUCAACCUCAAGGCAAUCGCCUUGAUAAGCAUGAGCUUUCGGAACUUGUGAAGCGGGGUUCUACUGCAGAGGACUUGGGUGCAGGCCAUGCUGAAGCAGCACGAGUCCAUGGUCUUGGUUUCUCAAGAGUGCCACGCCCAUGGGAAGAUCCAAGUACCCUUCCCUCCGGUCAGAAGGAAGCCUCAACCGAGACGGUCAAGGUGGAUGAGCAGUUGCCAUCAACCACCAACACUGUAGAAAAAGAAUCAGAGGAUGAAAGCAGCAGGAAGAGAAGGAAGCAUGAGGAGAAGAGACAGGAAAAGCAUGAGAAGCGUGAGAGGCAUGAGAAGCGUGAGAGGUAUGAGAAGCGAGAGAGACGCGAGAAGAGUGAGAGAUAUGAGAAGCGUGAAUCUCAUGAUUCAUAUGAAAAGAAAAGACGGAGAAAGGAUAAGGAAAAGAGGAGGCACGAUUCGGACUCAGAUUGAACAUCUUUGUGACCUUCAUCAUCAUUUGUGUUAUUUCUGCCUAAAUUGAAAAUGAAAACGAAAAUUUCAAAGUAAUUCAUAUGAUAGUUUGUCUUUUUUAGUGGAUGCAAUGGUAGGAAAUUAUGAAUCAUUCCGAGUGAUUUGUUUGAAGAAAUUUGCAGAAAGAAUGUA